ACCCGCAAUAUCCGAUUAUGUUGAGUCAGUAAUCUGGAAAAACGCGAAAACGAAACGUUGUAGUUUCUGCUCAUUUACGUUCGGGCGAAAUUAAAGUCCCCUUAGUGAAAGUUAAAAAGGUCCUUUUGUAGUUUUGCUAACAGAGCGGGCUGUAAAAUGUCGGGAGAAGUCUAUCUACUGUGGCUUCUUUCGCUGCUAAAGACGCUGUCGGUGUACGGGGCCGAGGUGACCUCCGAGGCCUGCAGGGAGCUGGGCUUCUCCAGCAACCUGCUGUGCAGCUCCUGUGACCUGCUGGGAGAGUUCAGCCUCACCAAACUGCAGCCAACCUGUCAGCGGUGCUGCCAGCAGGAGGCUCAGGUGGAAGCACGCAAGCUCUAUGCCGGAGCCAUCCUCGAGGUGUGUGGAUGAAAACUGGGGAGGUUCCCUCAAGUCCAAGCCUUUGUCAGGAGCGACAAGCCGAAGAUGUUCAGGGGUCUUCAGAUCAAGUACGUCAGAGGCUCCGAUCCUGUUCUAAAGCUGCUGGACGAUAACGGGAACAUCGCUGAGGAGCUCAGCAUCCUCAAGUGGAACACCGACAGCGUGGAGGAGUUUCUGAGUGAGAAGUUAGACCGAAUAUAACAAGAUCUUCUUUUUCUCUCGUCAGAAAGAUGUGAAGGGGUUAAGGCUUCAGGAGAAGGAGCAAAGGUUUAGCUUUAGUCGUUUUUGUCCGCUGAUCAUUUGGUGAUUUACAGAUUUCUGCACCUGGGCCUUGGUAGAUGUUUAUGAAGUUACUGCUGCACAUGACUAAAGCUCAUGUGGACCGUAGCAACAUGGUGGAUCUCUAGGGUCUGUCCUUUAUUCUCUUUAUCAUUAUUAUUAUCCUCUAAAUGACGCUCUGAGUUGUGACUAAAGGAAUCCGAGUGAAAGAAUCCCAGUUUUCCUUCGGACGCAGCGAGUUGUGCUGAAACACACGAGAGUGAAGACCUGACAGGAAACCAGACGUGGGAUGUGAGGUCUGAUGGGAAUUUGUGUGUUUCCACAUCUGCUGUGUGGAGCAGAAACUGGGUUUGUCCGUGAUACGCAACAAUAAACGAGAUCUGUGGCUUUUCUUUCAA